AUGAGCGAGCAGCAUGAGACGGCGUCGACUGCUUUCAACACUCAGAGCCUGGAUUCGAAUGCUACAGCUGCCUCCAACUUGCGCAUGGACUGCUCGUCUGCAUCGUCGACCAUGGAGUUUGAAGCUAAAAGGUUCAAGUCUGAGCAUUUUGAGUCUGAACCACCUCUAGAAGAACGUUUGGUUGGGGUCCUGUGCUGUGUCGUCUGCCUCGACCUGCCCAAUCAGACCUUCUUUCAAUGCACGAAUGGACACCUGAUGUGCAUCAGCUGUCUCACUCACUUGUUGGCCGAUGCCCGAAUUAAAGAUGAGAACUCGACGUGUCCGCAGUGCAGAUGUGAGAUCAACAGGAAUGUCUGCAUUAGAAAUCUGGCUGUUGAAAAGGCCAUUUCAGAGCUGCCCAUUCUGUGCGGCCACUGCUCGAAGCAGAUGCCCAGAAGUGCACUGGACAACCACGAGAAGAACCUCUGUCCAGACAGACUAGUUCAAUGUUCAUACACAAAGUUGGGCUGUACGUGGGAAGUUCUGCCUUCAGUGCAGCAGGCACUUGCUGAGAAGAACAAGGAGAUGUCUGUCUUCAGGAGCAUCUAUGACCUGCUCAGUGCCGAGAAGAUUGUUCCUAUUGACGCGCAGUUGCGUCCAGGCCGAACAGACGAGUACAUCCCGAAGUUGUUCUACGAGUCGAACAGGUUCACUGCUCAUAGCUAUCAAUGGACGGUGAAGGCGAGGCUCUCGUACGUGGCAGUGAAGGGCCCGUUCGGGGAGGUGCCCAUCAACCCGGCCAUCCACGACUUCGAGUUUUCCUCUGAGAAUUCAGACUCUGCCUACAAGGAACUCAUCCUGCCAAGCUCCACCGACUGCAACAGGCUGCUGGCUGGAAAGACCAUCAACAUCAGACUGAUCAUCGUGCAGAACGUUAAGUAG